AAUUUGCUCAGAAGCAUAAUGGCGAAGUGAACGGAGCAAUCCUGUGGAAAAUGUACCGAGAUAGAUGACACGAUGCCCAGAAAACGAAAUGGGGAACUUCCCCUACCAAAUGGAUGGGAAGAGUGUCGCGAUUUCGAUGGAAAGGUGUUUUACAUUGACCACAACAGCCGACAAACGUCGUGGAUAGAUCCCCGCGACAGUUACACAAAGCCCAAUUCGUUUGCUGAUUGUUCUGGAGAUGAGCUUCCAUUUGGUUGGGAAGAGAGCUAUGACCCAAUUGUCGGGGUAUACUACAUUGACCACGCCUCACAGAGUAACCAGUUAGAAGACCCUCGGUUAGAAUGGAAGAGGCAACAGGAGGCCAUGUUGAAGGACUACAUGGUCACUGCACAGGAUGACUUGGAAGCCAAACAAGAAAUAUUUUCAGUAAAGGAACAAAGACUUCAACUAGCACAAGCAGAAUCACAGCAUUUGAGAGAAACCUUGGCAGGAUGGAAAUCUUCCAGAACAAGUUUGAAUUCCAGUUCCAGUAUGGGAAGCACCAGCACAAAAUACGACCCAGACCUCCUGAAAAUGGAUGUGGAAGAUGCUCAGAACCGGGUUGCCAGGUUAAAGCGAGAAUUAGAACAGAUCCGAACAGAGAUGCAGUACAAACAGCAAGGGCUGGAAACAUUGGCCCAGGUGGACGAGAAGGUGGCGGGUCUGAAUGGUGGCUACAGUUUGUGCGAAGCUAGAGCCAUCAUGGAGGAAAUUCGUCAGAUACAAAAACAUCUCCACACUGGGGAAAAAGAAAAACAGGAUCUGAUGCAGUGCUUGGCUCGGCUGAAGGAAGAGUUCCUCAUGGUCAAAGGUCAAGGUGGAUCAUCCCCAGAUGUGUCCACGCUCUCCCUACCCAUGGAAAGGUCUAGCACGGCCUCCCAAACGGACCUGCGUGGAGAGUAUAUUCCAUUUGGCGCUCGGCUGGCUGAGAUCACACGGUUACGACUACAGUACGAUGAUUCCAAGCGACUCUUGGCCAAUCUGAAACUUGAGCUGGCUCAGAUGGAGGACCAGAUGGUACCUGGUCAGACCGAGUCCGACAAGGACAGGUUACUACUUAUACAAGAAAAAGAGCAGUUGUUACGUGAGCUACGCAGUAUUGAUCCCAAGGGUCGCAGCGAGGAUGAGAAGACCUCCAUACGGCAGCAAAUUCGCCAGCUUGAACAUGAUCUAAAUCAUGCUCGAGAAAUCUCAAAUAAACAAAUAGCUGAAAGGUUAAAACUGCAGGAAGAGAAGAUGGCCUUAACUCAGCAGUUGACAGAGACAGCACGGCUGAUAACCCACCUAGAGUCUCAGUUAAAAAGCCAUUCUCGCAGCACUUUAUCAGUAUCAUCUGGAUCAUCUCGUGGCUCCUUGGGUUCUCUGUCUGCUAGCAGUCGUGGCUCACUGAACUCACUCAGUUUAACGGACAUCUAUGGCCAGCAACAGGCUGACACAGACAUUAACCUGCAGGACUUGCACAGACGAGUGGAGAAACUUCUACAAGGUCACAGUAUUACCCCGAUCCACGAGGGUCAGGUGGUCACUACCAUCCCUGAGGAGAGGGUUUCCCCCACCACGGGGGUCGCCGCUAUGGCAACUACUGGUUACUUACAGAGCGUGCUUGGCAGCACAAAUGAAAUCUCCACCUCAAUGAAAUCGCUGUCGCCUCGGUCUUCCUUGUCAUCAUUGUCACCUCCGGUGACGCCAUAUGAUAUUGGGCCUCCUCCGACUUAUGAACAGCACAUGAGUGCUGUAGACAGACAGAGACGGGGCGGGGCUGUUGGCAGUGUGACUGCGGGCCCUAGUGUGGUGACUGCUGGUCCUGAGUAUCAGGCUGGCUUACAGACUGGUGCUAAUAAUUUACAGAACAUUAGACCCACUGACCAUGGGGGCGCUGUGCCGAUGACAGGCCACACAGGCCUGGUGACACAGCUACCGCUGGUAAGUGAUGGUGUUUUACGUAGCAGAGUGCAGUACGGGGACUUGGUGGAGGUGUCAAGUAACCCUCCCCUGAGCCCAAUCAGUGAGACAAGUUCAGGGGUUUGUAACAAUACAUCAGGUGGCAAUACCAGAAGUGUUUCUGCGGCCGUCAGCGAUGAGUCGGUGGCAGGAGAUAGUGGGGUCUUCGAGGCUUCUGUUAAAAGGAACGAAGAUCUUGAUAAAGUUUUAGAGAGCUUAGAAAGUGCACAAGUUCAAGUGAAAUUAAAAUAUGAGGCAAAAGAAGGCAACUUAAUAAUAGGAAUUGAGCAGGCUCGAAACUUGGCAGCCCUACCAUUUCCAGAGGGCAGUAAAGUGUGUAUAAAAGCAGCAUUAUUGCCCCAGCAGCAGGGCUGUAUGUCAUUCCAAACAGAGGCUAUUGCUGACCUCAAGACACCAAAGUUUGCCCAGGUGUUCCGAGUUGCCAUUCCUGAUUACAAACUGUUCGCUAAAACCCUUCAGGUGAACGUGUGGAGUGUGGUACAGCUGAAGGAGCAGGAAUGUCUGGGUUGUGCUCAGGUGAGCCUGGCAGAUUUUGACCCCAGGGAUGUGAGCAUCAGGUGGUACAAUGUUCUUAGUUUCCAGUUCAUGCAGUCAGACUUCAAACAGUCCAAAAAGAGUUUGUCCUCUGUUGCCAAAUCUGUCACUCCGACCUUGUCACUGUGUGAGGCAGGAGAGAAAAAGGACUGUUCCACUUCUCUGUCUGGGGGUGAUAAGGUGACUCAAUUAUUAGAGGCCUCCUCUGCCAGACUCCGUAAAGAUAGUUCUAAGGAAAUGGGGUACAUGAAGUCCCAUCCCAGUGUGCAAUCUGUGAAGGAAGAGAGCAGUGAUGAGUCCACCAUCAUAUCUUCACAGACUUCUACUCUCACCAGGAACCAAGGUCCAGAUGAUAUGAGGAGCCACACAGACAGCCUGGCAGAUGAGGAUAGCCCUGGUGAGGAUGAAGAUGAGGAUGAUGAAUAUGGAGAUGAGGUAGAUGAGGAUACUUUUGCGGACCUGAUCCACGAGGUGGUGCAGGAGGUGGAGGAGGUGCUGGAGCAGCACGCAGGUGAAAACCUUACCGCAGAGGAGCUCCUCGAGGUCAUCACAUGUGACAAGGAGACGAACACCGAGGGGGAGUACCACGCCCCCGAGAUCAAGCGACGCACAAAUGAUAGCAUCCGCAGCAGCACCAUCCGCCGCUCGCAGACCUUCUCUCCAGCGGGACAUCAUGCAGUGCCUGAUUAUUAUAUAUGCAAAUUAAACCGCAGUGACAGUGACAGCUCCAUGCCUCUGUACAGACGCGGGCCAUUCCAGAGAAACACAGUCGAGCGGAGAAGUCUUAGAUGGAAGAGGCUUCCAGGUGCUGCUGGUAAGAUGGAACCCCCUCCAGCGCCUCAUCGUCCUUUCCCCAUCAGGACCUCAUUAGACCUUGAGCUUGACCUGCAGGCCUCCCACACCAAACUGUCCCACCUGAAUGACGAGAUUGCUCGCUUGAAAGAGCUCAAGCGGCGUAUGGAGAAGAUGAGAGCAAAAGGUAAAAGUGAACUACCAAAUUGGGUCACAGAUAAUGAACAUUUCCAGAUGCUCUUGGCAGAGGCUGAUCGAUUGUGUAUGAGAAUACACAAGUCACAUCUUCAGAAAGAUGCUAGUGGGUACAUUUCCAAACAAGAUAAGAAGGCAGAGCACCUGCUGAGGAAAGUUACCAAGGAGAUUAAACGGAUGAGGCGUAACAAUAGUCAGCAGUCUAAUGUGAUGUCGUUCAGGGAGAAGAUGGCAUUCUUCACCACAGUGAACAUGACGGUCCCAGUUAUCCCAAAAGACAUCCCUGAAGACUCACCAGUGGCAGAAAUAUUGCGGGAUGAUGAUAGACCUGGUCAUGAGGUGUGAAGGGCAUGGGGACAUCUGUGCUGUGUCUACUUUUACGGACAACAGUCCGAUGUGAGAGUCGAUGGGAGUGAGGAGAUGCAAGGAACAUACCUAUCCAUCUUAGAUUGACAGCAGAGAUGUGGAGCGCAAAGCUGUGCAUUCUGGGCUAAUCAGAGAGAUGUGAAGUGUGCACCUGUGCAUUCUGGUCUGGUCGUGGAGAUGUGGAGUGUAAACCUGUGCAUUUUGGACUGGUUAAGGAGAUGUGGAGUGUAAACCUGUACAUUCUGGACUGAUCACUGAAAUGUGGAGUGUAAACCUGUGCAUUUUGGACUGGUCACAGCGAUGUGGAAAGUAAACCUGUGCAUUUCUGGACUGGUUACGGAGAUGUAGAGUGUAAACCUGUGCAUUCUGGACUGGUCACUGAAAUGUGGAGUGUAAACCUGUGCAUUCUGGACUGAUCACUGAAGACUGGAGUGUAAACCUGUGCAUUUCUAGACUGGUCAUGGAGAUGUAGAGUGUAAACCUGUGCAUUCUGGACUGAUCACUGAAGAGUGGAGUGUAAACCUGUGCAUUUUGGACUGGUCACAGCGAUGUGGAGUGUAAACCUCUGCAUUUCUGGACUGAUCACAGAGGUGUGGAGUGUAAACCUCUGCGUUAUGGACUUGUUAGGUAGAUGUGGAGUGUAAACCUGUGCAUUCUUGAUCUAAAUAUGUACAUUCUUGGCUGAUCACAGAUAUGUGGACACAAACCAGUGCGUUCAGAUGUGGAGGUGGCAUGUGUCGAUUUUAGAUUGAAUUGUCAGUUUACAGUGUUAUGCACUUUGAGCAUUGGCUUUGCCCACCAAUCGUAACAAGCAGCUCCUAUAUUGGCCAGUUUGCUAUCAUGCCACAAAGGCAGUGAUUGGCUAAGAGGGCAAGAUUCGUAUAUUUUGCGUGUGUUCUGUGAACAUGAAAAGGUAUUCAGGCUGUUUGUGGCUAGCCAGUGAACAUGUGUCCACAGGUCACAUACUUUGUCUGGAGCCAGUGAACAUGUGUCCACAGGUCACAUACUUUGUCUGGAGCCAGUGAACAUGUGUCCACAGGUCACAUACUUUGUCUGGAGCCAGUGAACAUGUAUCCACAGGUCACAUACUUUGUCUGGAGCGCUGGAAUCAGCUUUAACGUCUCAAGGAUAUUCCAUUUCCAAAGUGAACACUUGGAACUAUUCCAGAGCCUUGGAGUAAUGAUUAAGUCUGUGUGGAUGGAUGGUUGGUGGAUGCUGAGGUGAUGCAGUAAUGAAUGGAACUAAUGACUGGGCAUGAUAUUAAACAGUGUGAUGUACAACAAAAGGGUAGAUAACCCAAUGUUAACAUUCUGAUUCAGAUAAUGGGAGAGUUCUAGUGGACAGACAGACAGACGCUGACACCCUCACAAUAACCAAUUUCUCUGUACGAACAAGACAUGAACAAGUUUUGAACAAAGUUAUAGCCAAGGCCAGUUUUUGAUACCAUACUAACUGAACAUCUGUUUCUGUCCACAUCUUUUUACAGUUUAUUUAUUAAGUUUGUCCACUGACUGU